AUGAUUGUGAAAAAGCCUAAGAAGCGGCAUGAUUAUAAAGUAUUUAGUCGUAAAUCACUUCUUAUUUGUUUUCAUUCUAAACAUCGAUUGAAAUCUGAUUUAUACGCAUUAGAAGAAAAAUUUCCAAAAAAAAAGUCUCGUUCUCGAGGUAUCAUUAAAAAUGUAUAUCAAACAUAUCAAUCAUUAUCUUCAAUAGUAAUAUUAAUUUUUCAAAUAUUUUCUUAUAUUGAUAAAAUAACUCGCGAAAUAUUUUUAUUUAUUGAAAAACUUGUACAAAUUAUAAGAGUUAUCUACGGAUGGAUACAAAUGAUAAGAUCAAUAUUAUCUGCUAUUCAUUUAAUAACAACACGUAUUAUAAUAUUAUCCUCACAUGUACAUCGUAUAUUUAUUUUAUUAUCGAUUUUAUUUCAACCAUUUGCAAAUGGAAAUUUUCAAAAUUCUGUUCGAUCAUUUUCACAUUUUAUAUUUUAUUGGUAUUCAUCGAAUGGUGCUUGUUAUACAUUACAAGCACGAACGCGUCAUAUUGUUCGAAAAGUUAGACAACGAUGGAAAAACAAGCAUAACGGUAUAAAUGAUGAUGACGAUAUUUAUUAUGAUGCUUAUAGUGAUGAAUGGGAUUGGCUAUAG